AUGGCUCAAACCAAGGUCACUCCGAGGGCAGUUACAAUAUCAGCAAGAGCAGCAGCAAUAGCAAUAGCAUGGGCACUCUUCAUUAACCUCCUUAUGACAAGUGAAGUUGCCAGUGCAGAGAGGCCUCUCAAAGAUGAGAAGCCAACAAAAUUUAUUGAGCAAGACAUACAUGAAGCAUUUUUUGUGAAAGUGGUCAAUUUUCUAUGGCAGGCGGGAGGAUCUUCUUAUCAGCCUGUUUGGCCAGUGACAUUGGGUAGUGUGGGAGGUGUUGGAGGUGGAGGUAUUUUUGUACCAAUGCUUGCCUUGAUAAUUGGUUUUGAUCCCAAGUCUUCCACUGCCAUUUCCAAGUGUAUGAUAAUGGGUGCUGCAGGUUCAACAGUAUACUUCAAUUUGAGACUUAGGCACCCAACACUGGACAUGCCCCUUAUAGAUUAUGAUCUGGCUUUGCUCUUUCAGCCAAUGCUCAUGCUAGGGAUCAGCAUAGGAGUUGCCUUCAACGUCAUGUUCGCCGACUGGAUGGUCACAGUUCUACUUAUCAUUCUCUUCUUAGGUACAGCAGCAAAAGCUUUAAUGAAAGGGGUAGAAACAUGGAAGAAAGAGACAAUGAUGAAGAAGGAAGCAGAAAAGCAGUUGGAAUCGGAGUCCAAACCUGGCGAUGGUUCUGGAGAAGACUACAAACCACUACCUGGUGGUCCUGCUUCAUUGCAAGAUGAGCAGGUGCCUAUAUCACACAACGUUUACUGGAAGGAGUUAUUGAUGCUUGUGUAUGUCUGGGUGGCUUUUCUUAUUGUUCAGAUUGUUAAGACAUAUACUGAAACUUGCUCCACCAUGUUCUGGGUCCUGAACUCCUUGCAGGUACCAAUUGCAGUCUCCGUUACGCUCUUUGAAGCCAUAUGCUUAUGCAAAGGCACCAGGGUGAUUGCAUCCAAAGGAAAGGAAAUCACAAACUGGAAAUUGCAUCAGAUUUUUCUUUACUGCAGCUGUGGGAUAGUAGCUGGUAUGGUGGGUGGCCUACUUGGGCUGGGAGGCGGUUUCAUCUUGGGACCCCUUUUUCUUGAAUUGGGAAUUCCUCCUCAGGUAGCAAGUGCUACAUCCACAUUUGCAAUGCUAUUCUCAUCCUCCAUGUCAGUUGUACAGUAUUACCUUCUCAACCGUUUCCCAGUCCCGUAUGCUGCUUAUUUUGUUUUAGUUGCAACAAUUGCUGCAUUUACUGGUCAGCAUGUAGUGAGAAAGAUAAUUGCAGUUGUUGGGAGGGCAUCCAUUGUCAUCUUCAUACUAGCUUUGACCAUCUUUGUGAGCGCAAUCAGCUUAGGUGGGGUGGGGAUAGCAAAUAUGGUUGAGAAGAUGGAGAAUCAAGACGCUUCUUCAUCUUCCCUGCUCUCUUCUCUCUCUGCAACUGUGUGCUUUGGAGGCAUUCGUCUCUCUCUGCGGUUCACUCUGGAUUUUGAAAUGGCGGCGAAGAACGAUGCCUCAGCAGAAUCCCCGACUUCGGUUCUCGAGGACGAGGAAACAUGCGAGGAGAAGAUUGAUGUCAAAUUAGAGAAGAGCGAGGUAAAAUCAGAGGAGGAGAUACUUCCUGAUGAAAAAAAUGAGGAUUCCUUGCUUAUACCAAAAGCCUUGACUGAGGUGGAAGAAAAGUUGCUUGAAGAUCGGGUGAAGGAAGAGGAGGCAGAAAAAGAAAAGGCGGCAGAGCAGUUACCCAACUUGAAUAACACUCAGAUUACCAAGUUGGAUGAGCUCCUAACACAAACUCAGCUUUACUCGCAGUUUUUGCUGGAGAAAAUGGAUAACAUCACACUUAUUGGAGCCGAGCAGCAGACUGAAACUGUUGAGGAAAAGAAAGGUCGUGGUAGAAAAAGAAAAGCCACUGCAACCUACAAUAAUAAGAAGGCCAAGAGGGCAGUUCAAGCUAUGCUUACGAGAUCUAAAGAGGGUGAGAAAACUGAAGAUGUGGACCUCACUGAGGAAGAAAGAGUUGAGAAAGAGCAAAAGGAACUUGUGCCUCUGUUGACUGGUGGAAAAUUGAAGUCUUAUCAAAUCAAAGGUGUAAAGUGGUUGAUCUCAUUAUGGCAAAAUGGGCUGAACGGGAUCCUUGCAGAUCAAAUGGGACUUGGAAAGACCAUCCAGACCAUUGGUUUUCUUGCUCAUCUGAAAGGGAAUGGAUUGGAUGGGCCGUAUUUAGUAAUUGCUCCUCUGUCUACUCUCUCCAACUGGGUAAAUGAAUUCUCAAGGUUCACCCCUUCAAUAAAGGCUAUAGUCUACCAUGGGGACAAGAAACAGAGGGAUGAGAUACGAAGGAAGCACAUGCCUAGAGCAAUUGGCCCUAACUUCCCUAUAAUUGUUACUUCAUAUGAAGUUGCAAUGGCUGAUGCAAGAAGAUUUUUGAGACAUUACAAGUGGAAAUAUCUUGUGGUUGAUGAAGGACACAGAUUGAAAAACUCAAAGUGCAAGUUACUGCAGCAAUUGAAAUUCUUACCUAUAGAAAAUAAGAUUCUUUUGACUGGAACACCUCUGCAGAAUAAUCUGGCAGAGCUUUGGUCAUUGUUGAACUUCAUUUUGCCUGAUAUAUUCUCAUCCCAUGAAGAAUUUGAGUCAUGGUUUGAUUUAGCAGGAAAGUGCAAUGGUGAAGCAAUGAUGGAAGAACUGGAAGAGAAGAGAAAGGCCCAAAUGGUAGCAAAACUCCAUGCCAUAUUGCGUCCCUUUCUUCUUCGAAGAAUGAAGACUGAUGUUGAGCAGAUGCUUCCUAGGAAAAAGGAAAUCAUAUUAUAUGCAUCCAUGACAGAACAUCAAAAACAUUUACAGGAGCAUCUGAUAAAUAAGACACUGGAGAAUUAUCUACUUGAUAAGGGGGACCGUGCACGCGGUAUGAAGGGAAAGCUUAACAAUUUGAUGGUCCAACUUCGGAAGAACUGCUGUCAUCCUGACCUUUUAGAGGCUGCAUUUGACGGCUCGUAUUUCUACCCACCUGUUGAACAGAUGGUUGAGCAGUGUGGCAAAUUUAGCUUGCUGGACAGACUGUUGAAGCGGCUGUUUGCCCGCAAACACAAAGUUAUAAUUUUCUCUCAGUGGACUAAAAUUUUGGAUAUAAUGGAUUACUAUUUUGGUGAGAUAGGAUUUCAAGUCUGUAGAAUUGACGGAAGUGUGAAACUUGAAGAACGGAAAAGACAGAUUGCAGUGUUCAAUGAUGUGGACAGCAAUUAUAGAAUUUUUCUUCUAAGCACCAGAGCUGGUGGACUGGGUAUCAACCUUACUGCAGCUGAUACUUGUAUACUGUAUGACAGUGAUUGGAACCCUCAAAUGGAUUUGCAGGCCAUGGAUCGAUGUCACAGAAUUGGUCAAACGAAGCCUGUUCAUGUUUACAGAUUGACAACAGCACAAUCUGUAGAGGGUCGGAUUUUGAAAAGAGCUUUUAGCAAGUUGAAGCUUGAACACGUGGUGAUUGGGAAAGGGCAGUUCCAUCAAGAUAAGGCGAAGCCUGGUUGUACUGAUGUCCUCGAGGAAGACGAUCUUAUAGCUUUGCUCCGAGAAGAAGAAUCUGCUGAAGACAAGAUGAUACAGACCAUGAUUACUGACGAAGAUUUGGAGAGGGUGUUGGAUCGCAGUGAUCUGGUGGUUACUCCUGAUGAUCAUGAGGAAGAGAAGGCCGACGGCAUUGCCGGUGCUCUUCCCCUUAAAGGCCCUGGCUGGGAGGUGGUGUUACCAACUGCAGGGGGAGGCAUGCUCGCCACCCUCAAUAGUUAG